AUGCAAUUUUUAGCAAUCUUGCUAAUCAUUUGUUACUUUUCCUCCAAUUCUAAUUUCUUUGAGUUGCAUACUUUUUGUUUUGCUCAGUAUGAUAGAAUUGGAAAUACAUUUGAACAAAUUCGAGAUGCAAGCUUUUAUAAGAAGCCAGAUCAAAAAUAUCCCGAACGCAUAGGAAGUUACGGCGAGGAACAGAGCAGCGGGAAAGGAUUUUUCUCAAAGCAAUCCACAGACAACAGUGAUCCUUCUAGUGAAAGAAAACUACCCAGCAGCAGCAACAAUCAACAACUGCAACAACAAUGA